AGACGGUCUCCUGCAAUUAAGACACUUGUAUUUAGAUUUUUCACGUGUCUAUCCAUUGUUCACUCAUAUACUAUAGUCUAAAAAUAAAUAUCUCCUUUUAACGCCUUCAUAUUUCUAAAUCUACCCCACCACUUUCAAAUAGUGCACUGAGACCCUCUCUUUUUUUUUUGAUAAGAAAUCUUCCUAAAAUUACCACUAUUUAUUAUUUUACUAAUAUAAAUGAUAUUUUCCAACAACGACUUAUCUAGAAAUCCAAAUGAUUCAACUAAUUUUAUUUAGUCAGAAAUUAUAAAUAAUCACAUUUUCCGAUGACAAAUAAAAAUCAAAGAAGUUGACAACAACAACAAAAAAUCCAAAGAGAAAACGUAUGAGUUGCUUAAACCAUAAACCUCAAGCUCAAAAUUUUAUCAACCUUAUAAAGUUUCGUUUUCUCGAGAUUUUGAAUCUUUUCAGCUAAAAAAGAUCACAGCUUUUUGCGUUUUCUGGAUGAGUUUGAGAUAAGAGAAGAUGAAGAUUCAGUGUAACGUUUGUGAGGCGGCGGAAGCGACGGUUCUAUGUUGCGCCGACGAGGCUGCUCUUUGUUGGGCUUGCGAUGAGAAAAUUCACGCCGCUAAUAAACUCGCCGGAAAACAUCAGAGAGUCCCUCUCUCUGCCUCUGCCUCUUCCAUACCCAAAUGUGACAUUUGUCAGGAAGCAUCUGGAUUCUUCUUUUGUCUGCAAGAUAGAGCUUUGCUAUGUAGGAAAUGUGAUGUUGCAAUCCACACUGUGAAUCCUCAUGUUUCAGCUCACCAGAGAUUUCUUCUCACUGGAAUCAAAGUUGGUCUUGAAUCUAUAGACACUGGUCCUUCUACUAAAUCCUCACCUACCAAUGAUGAUAAAACCAUGGAGACCAAACCUUUUGUUCAAUCUAUACCUGAGCCUCAAAAGAUGGCCUUCGAUCAUCAUCAUCACCAGCAGCAGCAGGAACAGCAGGAAGGAGUUAUACCGGGAACUAAAGUCAAUGAUCAGACAUCGACAAAGCUUCCUCUCGUAAGUAGCGGAUCAACUACUGGAAGCAUUCCUCAGUGGCAAAUAGAGGAGAUUUUCGGGCUAACCGACUUUGAUCAGAGCUAUGAAUACAUGGAGAAUAAUGGAUCAUCUAAGGCGGAUACUAGUAGACGAGGAGAUUCAGACAGUUCUUCGAUGAUGAGAUCUGCAGAAGAAGAUGGAGAAGAUAACAAUAACUGCUUGGGAGGUGAGACAUCAUGGGCGGUUCCACAGAUUCAGUCUCCACCUACAGCGUCUGGUCUAAACUGGCCUAAGCAUUUUCACCACCACUCUGUGUUUGUUCCGGACAUAACUUCUUCAACUCCUUAUACCGGUUCAUCCCCGAAUCAAAGGGUUGGGAAACGGCGGCGACGGUUCUAGCAUUUGUAAUUAUCUUUUAGCCGCUUGAGAAAAGAGAUUGGCAGCUUUCUCAGUAGAUGUAAGAUCACAUAAAUGAUUUGGAAACUUGUAAUGUAGUGAUCUGUGAGAGUCGGUGUUCUUUGUUAGCUGAAAAAACAAAAAGAUGUUUAUUUGGUUGAAGAUUAUAAGGGGUUAAAUUACUAAGUUAUCAAUUUGGCUUAACAUGAUUUUUCAAAAGGUGUCUGUUCUAUUUUGCGUCAUGCUUAAUCAUCUUGUUUACUAUCCCUGGG